AUGGAGACAAACACGGUUAUCAUCGCCUCGCGGGCGGCGGACGUGACCGCCGACGCGUUUGUCGAGUCCUUCGAGGCCCUGCUCCAAGAGCACGUGUUGCGGCGAGCACACGUGACCGCUGAGGAGCCGUUGCAGCUGUGCGUGCUGCCCAACAUGCGCCGCCUGGUCGUGGUGGCGCCGACGGCGGCCGUGGCGCGCCUAGUUGUGGACGCCUUUGCCGCACACGGCCCACCAGACCGCGAGCACAUGUGCGCGGUGGGCUUUUCGCUGCUGGACACGCCGCGGGAAAGCGCGCACCUCGCGGUGCCAGCGGCGCGGCGCCUGCUGCUGGUGUCGCCGCCGCAGUCGCCGCCACCGGAGUUCGACUUCAGUCGCCUGGAGGACGGGCCGCACCGUCCGGCGCAGGUACCGGGCCAGGACCUGCCGCCGGGCCAGCCUGUGACGGUGCUGGCGCCGCCCACCGGCGCGAAGAUCGUGCUGCAUCCGUGCGAGAGCCUGGCAGGCGCCGCCUCGGUUGAGCACGUGCACACGACGCUCCCGCCGCGCUCGGUGUUCGACGACGAAUAG